GCACGCUCAACUCCUCCAUCGCCGACAUGGACCACCAUUUGAAUCUUCCAUCGCCACGUCUGCCCCCCGAAAUAUGCGACUACAUACUUGAUCACCUAUGGGACGACUACACAACCCUCCAGAUCUGCAGCCUCGUCACGCGGGAAUGGCUUCACAUGACACGGAAACAUCUUUUUCACUCCGUCUGUAUCAUCAACAACAACCUGCAGCGCAUCUCCUUUCAGGAUGUGAUUCUGCACUCGGGAGAUGCGGUGGCGCUCUGCGUCCGCAAGCUGGACAUGACAUGCGGCCUCGACGAGGAUGACUGUUCCUUCCCGAAUCCCCCUUCCGUGCUUCAAAAGCUGGCAUCUCUCGGCCGGCUAGAGGAGCUCACGCUGCAAAAUAACAUAUGGAACGAUUGUUGCUCUUCUGCGAAGACUAUAAAUUGGCCGGUACUGCCUAUGGUGAAGGCUCUUCACCUGCGCAUCCUCAUCGUCAACGACGUCGUAAGCCUGCAGAGAUUCAUCUGCGCAUGCCCCUCGCUCUCCUCCCUGAAGCUUUGGAUAGGAAGAAUCUCAACGUGCGACAGCUCGCACACCCAUCCUCCAACGGUCAUCUCGGGCUCAAUGGGAUCGAGAGUUUCCAAUGCAGUGUCCAUGAGCCAGACCCCAUGCUGAGAUGGCUGCUGUACUGUGGUCUGAAGCUGCGCAUGUGUCGACUAGCGAUCACUGUACGCGACAAUCCGGCCCCGGUCAAUUUUUUCAGCUUAGAUGACGCCCAAAGUCUGUUGCGCGCAUCUGGUGAAUGUCUCGAGCAUCUCGUCAUCAACUUGGAAACCGAGGUCUUCUCCGAUUCACCAGAUGGGCAACAAGCAGCGUUGGCGCACAAUCCGAACCUGGUCUCAAUCUACGUGUCGAACGUAUGGUGUUUACCCGAUGACUGGCAAUUCUCCAAUAGCUGGACGAGCCUGCUCUCAGUCCUGGCCGACAUCCAGCCAAUGCACACCAAGCUGCAGUCAAUCAACAUCGCGUUUAUUACGAGAUUCAAGCCGGAUAUCACAAGCAGGCCUUGGGAGCAGCUCGAUGGCGCCCUGACGCGAAUUGUGGAUAUCAACCCGAGGUUGAUCUUGACCGUAUGGAUAAGCUAUGCCAUGAUUGCGAUAAACCAAUGCCAUGGCUGGCGGAGUUUGUCGGAGCGCUCUCGCGACGCUUGCUCAGGGUGCAGGCGAGACGAGGCAGACUGCGUUUGAUGUGGCUGAACGGUUACGAUGAGGCCAGAGAGUUACAUCGCGGUAUGACACCGUUCUGGUGUUCGUGGUGGUGAUGUGGCACGACUCAUCCAUUGAACUUUCCUUCUUGGCAAUAUCCUCCAUGUACAUCAGUUUUUCGGACUUUGCUUGUUACGUGCUUCGGGCUAUGGUUCAUAGAGUCCACCGGAUUAUAUUCCACCUGCGCGUUAUACAUAAUCUCCAGAGAUUCCAGAUAGCGUGCUCUCAGACUGCUCGUCUGCGAAUAUACCUCCUUCCCGAGCGGAGGCGUGUCCGCAUACAGAACCGUGUGCCGUUCAUGUACUAAUGCAUGCUAUUAUUCGCCAAU